AUGCCACCGUUGAGUAUACAGAACGAAACAUACAUCAGGCUUCUAUCAACAUUAUCGCCAUACGAAAGAAAGGUGGUAGAUCGACUGCUAUUACAAUACCAGGAUAACUCAACAAAGCUCGCCAAUUACUUUGUGAAAACGAUAAAAUUGCACUCGGAAGAAUGGGAGUCUCUUGCUCGCUCAUGGAAUACACCACUUGAAUUGCCCGAAAGCGAGCAACCGUGCCAAUACCAGCAAGAUAAGAUGGAGCAAAGAAUAGCCAGUUUAAUGCUUAAACACAACUUCAAAAUGAUGACUCGAGAAAUUGAACUAUUGUAUUGGCAACAGUAUUACCAGAAUCUAAACUUCCAUUUCCGUGAUUGCAUUCACUCAACAGCGUUGCACGAGAACAGAACAUCAUAUCGUCGAGUACAGCUUUUCCUCGAUGCGCAACGAAAUGAAAGCUUAUAUUAUACCAAAAUGUACAUGCUCAAAAAGCUCUUUCAUACCAAAGAUAUCAUGGUUGCGAAAUUACAAAACUCUUAUCGUGCUCUGAAUGAAUCGAUCCAUGUGGAGAGAGGACCUUACUACAAUACAUUGCAUCCCGACCACAAGUAUACCAUCCAUGUCAAAAGAACCGCAUACAAGGUCACCUCAAGGCAUAUGAAGGCAAUCUGGAUUGACUGGCCUCGAGCAAACAUACGGCAAGGCGAACCUUUGAGUUACUGGCAGCAGUGCUAUGCUAUGUUACAGAAGGUAUGGAAUUUUUGCUUGUAUCUUUCCAGGAAAUGGCUCAAAAUCAAGCGGGCUUACAUGAGAAGAUUGCUACAUGGUAUCAGUGAUAUUCAGUCCAAACUAAGCAGCAUUCGCAAUUAUUUAUUUGCAUAA